AUGUUUGGUGAUCUGCGUUCUACAUUCAUUGCUCUGAUGAUCGGCUCCUACACCUCCUCUGCAGUCACGUUCCCAGGAGUCAAGGUGAUCUAUGACCUUGGCGUGACCUUCAUCACCAUCAUGGUCGUCUGGGCAGCGUGUUCCGGCCUCGUCUUCUUCAACUGCUUCUUCAACUGGCCCCUGGAAUCCUUCCCUGGCUCCGAGGACACGGACUACAGUGUGAAGGUGAAGUUCAGUUGGUUGGGUUUCGACCAUAAGAUCACGGGGAAGCAGUUCUACCAUCAGGUGACCACGGUGGGGAGGCGACUGAGUGUGGGCAACAGCCUGAAGCAGAGAGAGCUGGCCACUAAGGAAGGACACAGACUCUGUCUCUCAACCAUGGACCUGGAGGUCAGCAGCAAACCCAAGGAAGAAUUCAGUCUGUACUCCUCUAUCUUCGGCAUGCUGCAGCUACUGUGUCUGAUGACGACUCCUGUGAUUGGUCAGAUUAUGGACUGGAAGUUGAAGGACUGUGAAGAUGGAGAGGAGGAGAAGGAACCAGCCAAGGAUCAGCCAAAGGCCAAGCGCAGAGACAGACAGAUCCAGAAGGUGACCAAUGCCAUGCGAGCAUUCAUCCUGACCAACAUCCUAUUGGUGGGAUUCGGUAUCACCUGCCUGGUGCCCAACCUCCCUCUGCAGAUCCUGUCGUUUGUCCUCCACACUGUUGUGAGAGGGUUCAUCCACUCUGCUACCGGAGGUCUCUAUGCUGCUGUAUACCCGUCGUCUCAGUUUGGCAGUCUGACAGGGAUGCAGUCUCUGGUGUCUGCUCUGUUCGCUCUGCUCCAGCAGCCGCUCUUCAUGGCCAUGAUGGGCCCUCUGGAGGGAGACCCACUCUGGGUGAAUGUAGGCCUGCUGGGGGUCAGUAUGCUGGGCUUCCUGCUGCCUCUGUACCUGGUGUGUUACAGACGCACGCUGCACCGCCGGAUACAGGAACGAGAACAGGACUCCAAGAUAUACCUCAAGAUCAACGGGUCCAGCAAACCUGAAGCCUUCAUCUAGAGAGAGAGAG